AUGCUUUCACACUUUAAACCAAGUCGUUCUUUAUUCACACGGUCAAGAUUUGCUUCCCACAAUCAAAAAUCAUCUUUGAUUGGUUUGAUUUCAUCCAAAAAGUUGAUUUCCUUUACAAAAUUCAGUUCAUUGCCUCAACACUAUCAAUUUUCCUCUAGCUUACGUCGAUUCUCAGAACCAGCUCAAAAAGAAAAUGCAAAGAAUGCAAUGGAAAACAUCAACACUAGGUUGACAUUCAAGUUUUUGAGAUCUGCCAAAAUUGUUAUUGAGCCAAUAGUUAGUUUGAUGAGAAGAUUGUUUUUUAAAAUGGUUGGAUUUGUUGUUUGGAGAAUUAUUCUCUAUUGUUCAAUUCUUGGGCUGAUUUUGUGGUAUUUCUUUGGCACUAAUGGGUUGACUGUGGCCACAAAAGUUGCUUGGACAUUCAUGGUUGCAUUACUCAAUACCAAGCAAUAA